CGGCAAGGAUUACUCAUUUAUAAUUUACCAGCCGGGACGCGGGUAUUACUAGAUGCUGUGUUUUCGUAUUAACCCAAGAAAAACACGAGAGCUUUUGAAUCUCAGUGUUUUAUUACACCAGGACAAGAGACAACUGCAAUGAAAAGCGGUUACAUUUUCAUGAAGAAGGCUGCUGAAUUCAUGUUUUGGAUGUUUAGUGAAUGAAUGAUCCUGAUUUAAGGCACAGCUAGCUUGUGUAUGCCUGUGGAGCAGAUUACUACUAGCGGUGCAAUACUACUAGUAGUGCGGUAGUUAACAAAACCUCUCAUGAUACCGAUUGUGGACCUGAUCUGCAAAAGUCUUACUGGUGGUGACUACAAAGGGAAAAUGGUGGCCAAAGUGAAAACACUGGGCAUUGUGUUUGACGAUGAGCAGAGAAGCGGGUACUGCAGUGGAGAGCUGGUUUCGGGGCAGGUUUUAGUGGAGCUCUCGGAGGACAUGCGGGUCACAGCUCUGAGGCUGGUGGCAAGGGGGUGUGCCCGGGUCAACUGGACCGAAGGACCAGGCACAGCCACGACGCCAAGCAGCGCUGCCAUGGCAACAUCAUCACCAUCGUCGUCAUCAUCAUCAUCAUCACGCAGCUUCCGGGAGGAAGUGGAGUAUGUGCAUUCCGCCCAGACCCUUAUAGAAGCGCCAGGUGAGAACAGCGAAGAGAGCUUUAUCACUUUACAUGCAGGCAAACAUGAAUUCCCCUUCAGCUUUCAGCUCCCACAGGGGCCUUUGGUUACCUCUUUCUCUGGGAAGUACGGCUGCAUUCAGUACUGGGUAAACGCAACCUUGGAGAGGCUUUCUGCCCCAGACCAAAGUGUGCGGAGGGAGUUUCCUGUCAUCAGCCAUAUGGACGUCAACACCCCCACCCUUCUGUCUCCUGUCUCCACGAACAAGGAGAAGAUGGUUGGCUGUUGGUUUUUCACCUCAGGUCCAAUUGCGCUGAGUGCCAGAAUCGAACGGAGAGGCUACUGCAACGGGGAAGCUAUCCCAAUCUACGCAGAGAUUGAGAACUGUUCCUCACGACUCAUCGUGCCAAAAGCUGCAAUAUACCAAACUGUAACCUGCCUGGCCAAUGGGAGGACCAAGACCUGCAAGCAGAUGGUAGCAAACGUGAGGGGCAAUCACAUCGGCUCUGGCAGCAUGGAUACCUGGAACGGGAAGAAACUUAAAAUCCCUCCAGUCACUGCCUCCAUCCUCAACUGCUCCAUCAUCACAGUGGAAUACUCUUUAGCAGUAUAUGCUCACAUUCCUGGUGCAAAGAAGUUGAAGUUGGAACUUCCUUUGGUUAUAGGAACCAUUCCCUACAAUGGGUUUGGUAGCAGAACGGCGAGUGUGAACAGCCAGUUUAGCAUGGACAUGAGCUGGCUCAGCCUGGCACUGCCUGAGCAGCCAGAAGCUCCACCGAAUUAUGCAGAUGUGGUGUCAGAAGAGGAGUUUGAACGGCACACCCCCUCCUACUCCCAGCCAGAUGACCUGGAGAGGGAGCUUGGGAGGCCCAUCUUUGCCUACAUUCAGGAGUUCAGGUUUCAGCCUCCACCUCUGUAUUCAGAGAUUGAUCCGCAUCCCACCCUAACAGAAGAGGAACAAUCUUGAGUUGCAUUUGUAAUCUGAACAGUUUGCAGCAAGAUCCUUUUGUUGUUUUAGUUUCCUCAAUGUGGUCAGUAUACCUGCCUUAAUUCUAAAUGAUCUACAGAAUGUUUGUAAAAUAAGAAGUACGUAAAAAAACCUUUGCUCGUGGAUUGAAGCGUUAGAGCAAAUAAAAGUGAAGUUAGCUGGAAUGAGUUUGGGAAGUUGCAAUGGGUUUAAGAAGAAGACGUUCAUAAUUUUACAGACAGAAGUGCUUUGAAGGUUGUGAUGGAAAAUUAUACUUGCAGUAAUCUGGGAUGAAGAGAGGGGUAAAGGAAAGGCACAGUGGAUGCCCCCUGUGCAGCUGAAACAAUGCACUACAGCACAAGGUUGAAGCGACUGACAUGUGAGGCACACUCGCUGAUGCAAUAAUGUGAUUGUAAAUAUCAGCAAAGCUGAAUAUGUUGGAUAUGAACCCUUUUUUGACAUCAUCCAAAUGUGAUAUUUGAUAAAGAGAAUAGUAUUUGUAUUCUAUAUCUAAAGCACUUAUUAGCGAAAGCAGCUUCCAUUUUAAAUUGAAAGUAAAUGUGGCAUGACACCGGUAACUUGAUAGACCACUAAAGGGAAGAGUAUUUCUUUAUUUGCACUUUAACAUUCCUAUUAAUAAUAAUAAUAAUAAUAAUAAUAAUAAUAAUAAUAAUAAUAAUAAUAAUAAUAAUGGGCGAAUCGUGCUUUAUUUCGUUUGGUUCCUACUUUUUCUACUGAAGUAUUAAAUGCUAUUAACAUGAUUUGUCACUGCCCAAACUUCUAGAGUGGAUUGUAAAACGUUAUCAAGCAGGGAGAACAGAAUCCAUCUGAUCUGUUUGCACCACCAACUUGAAUAUGGAAAUAAGUCCAUACGACAUGAUAUUAGAAGAAAACGAUGCUGCCAUGUGAGUUGAAAGAGAACAUUUCUACAUCUCUGGAACUAAAGUACUUUUUAGUGACCUUAGAUACUUCCUCUUAAUUGUUUCUGGGAACAUGACAGGUCACUAAAGGAUAUUUGUGAUACUCAAAGAAUUAUUACGCACUAUUAAUGAUGUGUAUCUACCAUGCAAAACAACAGUUUAAAUCAACACACACAGUAAGUAAAUAGCUGAAAUUUCAAGAUCUGAUUUUAACUUUCUUGAAAACUGCAAAAAAAAAUACAACAGGCCACAGACACUAAGCAGCUGACAGUAUCACUGCAUGCUAAUUCUGUGCUGGAACAACCCGUCUUCAUUUUGAAACUGAUUUUGCAACUUCAGGGUCUGAAAGAUGCUCUGCUCUUUAGCCCUAUUCACUUAAAACAUUAACCGAAUACACUAUGUCUUUAAACUGUUUGCAUUUUUUCUGAAACCCAUUAAUUGAAGCUGAAUGACUGAUGGUCAUAGUUAGCACCUCAUUCCCAUCACUUUAGACGGUGGUGUCUCUGUGGUCAGGGAGGAGUAUUUUGCUGUUUCUUCAGUCUCCCGUUCAGAGAGAUAUCUGCUGCUGCUGCUGCUGCAACUUGAUUAUUGCUUUUCUUUUGUUUUUGGUUGCUGAUUGCUGCAUAAGAGUUGUCUUUGCUGAUAGAGGCAGAUACAGUUGGCAAUGGGUACAAAGCACCGUUUUGUAAAAUUCCCUCCAGAAGGUUCUAAGCUGCCUGUUCUGUUGUAUAUAAUAAGUCCAUUAUUUUGGGUGCUUUUUAAUUUAUUGUUUACGUUCAAAAUAACAAAAUGUGCCGACUAAGCCAUUUAAUGUGUGUCUCAGUGCCCUUAAAAAUGCAAUGUAAUCAUUGUGUCAUGUUUUCUGUAUUUUAUCACAAUGUGGCCUUAUUAUUAUUUUGUUUACUCCAAAUUAUUUUGCAGACUUACCUUUUGAAAUACAAUGUGCACAACAAUGGUUGCUUGGAUAAUCUUAUAGCUGUAUUAGAACUGGAUACACACAAGAAACUGCUGGUGCUUUUCUCUGUAUCUAAACUGUAACUCAUCGUUUGAAAUGUAUUUUAAAAUAGCAUAUUGUUAUUUUGUAUGAUGAAUUAAACCCAAUGGGUUUCAUUUUGCUAAUAAAAGUCUAGAUAUUUA